UUUCAAUGUUUUAUCCUUUUUUGUUUAGCAUCAUGUGAACAAGUUGAUGUAGGGGUGAGCUGGUACAUUCAUGACAAUCAGUUAAAGGCUUCUUCUGAACUGAAUGCCAGCACACCAGCAAAGAAUGGGCGACUGAAGUUCGUAGCGGGAUCAUCAUGGUGUGCAUCCACAAGUGACAGCAGUCCAUAUGUACAGAUUGACUUACGGAUUCCUCAUAUCAUCUGUGCUGUAUCCACACAGGGGAAUUCCCAGGGGAGUCAGUGGGUGGAGUCUUACACCCUACAGUCAUCUACAGAUGGGGCAACUUGGACAGGUUAUGAAGAAAAGGGACAAGUUAAGGUAGUUGAAGUUAAAGGGUGCAUUUACAUUAAUGGCCUGGCCCAUCAAUUUAAACUUAAGGAAAAAUGCUUUUGUAGAGAGUUUUUUGAAAUAGAAAAAAAAAUCUAUAGAAGACGCUAGUGCAAGGAAGAAUUUAAAGGUCAUUGCUUACCCCGCCACCCUGAAGUACCUGGACGAGAUUGCUAAUGAGAAAAUACUACGAGACGAAGAAUUCAAGAAGAUGAAAAGCGAAAUGGACAAAAUAUAUACAGUUGAACCUCCAUGUGCGACCACCUCUCGUAAGCGACCAUCUCCCACGCCAUAAGCGACUCCCCAUCCUAAACACUAAAACUUUCCUCGUCAAAGCCCUACAGUUGGAACUUCUAGAAAACGACCACCUCCUUCAAGGGACCGCGACCACUCUCUGGGCCUGAAAGUUUAAAGAUUUUCUAUUAUGUUUGACCUCUUUUAUUAUAUAGACUCGAGUGUUUCACUGGAAAAUAUACCACUCGUAAAAUUCAUAAAAACUACAUCCGGGACCCGAGUGGUUUAUUUUCCAUAAUCUCACACGUGAGUUUAUCUAUGUCGUAAUUUCGGUGAUUUCCCUCUAUUAUUUUAUCGAUGUCUUUUUGUCUAUAUAUAUAUUGUUUUGCCACUCGAAAAUAAAAUUCAUAUCUUCGCGCCACCGUGUAAUAUCCUCUAUGUAAGCGACCACUUGACGCAUUCUCUGUGGGUAAAAGGAGCCUUUGACUGAACGUUUAUUCCCACGCGAGGUUUAUCGAACUCCGCACAGCAGAACUCUGACUCUCCGUUUAGGGGGUAAUUUUUGCAUAAUUUGCUUAAUUAAAAUUCCAGUUUAAGUUAGAGUUGAUUCUGCACACCUACAAUAGCUGACAACAGCUAAAACCCGGAAAGUUUUACAAAAUAGAUGUUUUUGUUUCUGUUCUUGUUGUUUUCUACUUUUAUUACUUUAUGCAAGUUUGUCCGUGUACAAAGGCGGUAUGCUUUGCCAGUUCUACUCGAUUGACGAACGCGGAUCCGUAAUCAAUGAUUAGCUCUAGUUAUUAGGGACUUUAAGAUCCGACGACGCGACGGCGACAAGAACGUCGCUUAAAAAGUGAAUUUGCGUUCUUUCAGUCUUUAUACCGAUUAUUCCUACCCACUUACUUUGUCAAUUGUAGGCGAACCCUCCUUAAGCUGAAUUUCAGGGGACUAAUUCAAGCUCAGAAAGAGAAAUAAAAUUUCGUCGUUGCUUGUUUACGUCCUCCGUAAAACGAGAAAUUAGACAUUUUCACGUCGUAGUCGUGCAAAAACGGAAAAGAAAUGUACAAAAAAGUGUGAUGCACGUGCGAAGUUGUUGUUGUGCUAAUCAAACCAUGCACAAAAGCUAUCACGGGCAACUGCAAAUUAGCCGCCCCCGUUAAAUUUAUCAGGGGCAUCUCGGCCGGGAAACUGGACUCCGUUCGACUCGAUUUCAUUUCGGUAAGUGACGAACGCGGAUCCGUAAUCAAUGAUUACCUUUAGUCUAACUAGAGGUAACCAAAGCCGAGAUAGAAAAACGAACAGCAAUAACACCAGUAUUAAUUCACGCGAAUAUAAUAAAUGGAAUAAUAUAAUUGAGAAGAAGUUUGGUUGCUAACAAAUAUUAAUUCAACUAGUAAGGUUAUAUAACAUUAGACUUGCAUUUCACUGUACUUUUGUAGCAAGACUGCAAUACAAUGUACCGUAAUUAGUUGUAAAGUAUCGUAAUUUAUUUUUUGUUCCUUAUAAUUGUUUAUAUAUUUUUAGAAUAUUUAAAGGCAACUUUUGUUGUGCAAGUGUUGUUAGAAAUUGAAAUAAAAAACUCUAUUAAAAGAAAAACAAUCCAAGAAGAUUCACCCACACAAAUGGUUUAAAGCAAUGGACAAAUUAUCUACAAUUGAAAAACUUGCUCUAAAAUUACUAAACCUUUUCAGCUUUCAUAUUCAUAAAGUAAAUUACAUGUAACUAAGUUACCUCCUUGUGAGACCAAAAGGGGAUUCUGAGCUUCAUAGAGGGUAAAUUAAUAUCAAGAUUUCAUCUGGGUUCCUUGGUAAUCCUGACACCGUCUGCUUUCGUAAAGUGUUAAAGCAACCCUAGCCUUGAGUCGUAAAUUGGUUACCCUUUUAUUGUUCAGUAGAACUUUAAUACAACUAUUACAGGUGUUUAGGUGUUUUUAGGGAGGGCAAGAUGAAAGAAUAGGGGUGGGGAUGAUGUGGGGGAAAGCGGGGGGGGGGGGGUUGGGGUUGGGGGUACUUAAACGCCGAAAGCUUAACCCAUUUUGUGCUGUAUGAAGCACCUAGGAGUGUAAAUUGCUUCUACCCUCUGUUCAAAGGUUACCUUUAUCGCACUUAUAUAUUGAGGUGGAAGAAUGACAAGCGUGAAAAGGAGCAAAGGUAGUUAUCUAAGGGAGAAAUGCCAUGCCGGGUGAAGCUAAUUGAAUCCAGAAGCAGGGAGUGGGGACUGAGAGGUUGAUACCUCACUGGGUUCACUGGAAAGUCACUAAGAGCCAGGUACCAGGAAUUUCCUAGCUAUGUCCUACUACCAGUAUGAGCCCUGGCUACUUUCAUAGGAAACAAAAGGAAAGCAGACUGAACCAAUAGAAUUGCCUUGCUGUUCAAAUCCUUACCUAUAAUUUGCAUAUAUCUUGCAACUUGAAAUCUUAGUGACAGCCCUGGGUUUAAUACACUGAACUCUAUCUUUACUACUUUAAGAAUUACCAUCUAAAUGAUAAGCCUUUUUUUGUUUUUGAUUUCUUUUCCAGACAUUCAACGGAAACUUCGAUCAGAACACAGUAGAAAAACAGAUCUUGUUCAGUGCAUUUGUUGCCAGAUACUUGCGUUUUGUUGUUGGGUCCAAACAUGGUGGAGCUUGUUUACGAGUAGAAGUUUCUGGCAUACCUAGAAGCGGAGGUUUGAUAUAUAUAUUGCAGAAAUUGUUCAGUUUUUAAGGAAUAUAGUUUUUUACCCAGUUGAGUAACCCUCCUUCACAUCAUUGAAAAGAUCCUUUUUCCUUUUGCGACAACAUCAGCUCUUCAAACCAUUAUCUUUUUCUUUCUUUUUAAAAAUCUUGUUAAAGUACAGUCUUUGCAAGUAAUUUCACUGUAUGCCUUGCUCCUCAGUGCAACCAAACACAUUUCGCAGGGAAGAGCUAUCUGCAAAUUCGCUCCAAAGAUUCUAUAUUUAAAAUGAUAUGCAGAUUUAAUGUCUCUGGAAUUUUGUCAAUGAAUAGGGAUUGGUCAAUGUUGUCAUUUUAUUCUUUUAGUCAGUAUUGUUUACGAAUGACAGAAAAAUACAAAAGGUCACAAAGAUGUACAGUAAAUGCCAUGAAUCAACUAAAAAAGUCAUUAUUCAUGAAAUAUAAUCUUCUUUACAAGAAGAAUUCGAGUUUUGCUGCUGCAAAUAGACCAGGACAGACUUUAAGACAAACAAUUUUAUAUCGAGAACCCCAUGACUACCAGAUUAAUUUUGUAAACAUUGGUUCAUGUCAUCAAUAUGGAAUUUUGGGGGCCAUUUUGCAGGUGUCUUUCCUGUCAAAGGUCUUCAGUGGCGAGGAAUGAAGAGAGAUGGCUAGUGUAUUUGCAGGCUAGUUUGUGACCAACCUGUCAAAAUUAAAAGGUUGAGAAUUUGAACAGUUACCGAUCAAUACUUGCACUGAAGACACACUACAUACACAACUGUACACGCACUUUGAACAUUAACAAGUUGAUUCUUAAAGGCCCUCAAUACUUGAUUUGCCUCUGUUUAAGGCGGAUCAUGUUUACUAUAUAGGUAGUGUCAACCGAUCUAUCGGUCGAUAUAGCGGUCGAUAGUCGUUCGACACUCGGUCGAUAGUCAGUCGAGACUCGGUCGAUAUAGCGGUCGAUAGUCGGUCGAUAGUCGGUCGAUAGUCGUUCCAGAUGUGUCUCGGCCGAUAUAGCUUUCCGUUCACCGAUACUUCACCGACACUUGGCCGAUAGUUCGUCGAUACUUCACCGAUACAUCGGUCAGCAAUUGGUCAGCACUCGGUCGAUGGUCGGUCGACACUUGGUCGAUGGUCAGAAGCUAGCAAGAAUACCUUAAAGAAUUCAUGUGGAGACGAUGGCAUACUGAGCCUCACCCCAAUGGCUGUCUUUGUCGACUGAUGCCGAACAUUGCAGAACAGUAUCCACUGUAAAUAGAAAGCAAUGACCUUUGUUAACUAGAAUUUCCUACGUUUUUUCGGUUGGAAAACAAGAAAUUAGAAAGCAUUGUUUUGCUUGAACCUAACUGUUUUUUAAAUUGUGUUUCUGCUUUUUUAAUUUCAAACUUCAAUGUACUUAACCAAAAUUCCGGAAUAAUAGCGAUUAGUCAUAUAUCUAGCGGUUUGUUUUAUUUCAUGUGAACGGAAUUUAGCCUAUCUGUAGGGAUCGAUACCCACAACCUUUUCGCAGACGUUUCCUCCCCUGGUUUUGUUGUUGUUGAUUGGUGGGGGUGUACAUGUCUCGCUACGCGUAGCCGGCUAAAACCGAAUCAUAACCAAGACGUCCGCUAAGUGAGAGUGAUAGGCCUUCAGCUACUUGUUAUGUGAUUUAUUCCCACCGUGUGAUUUAUUCCCACCGUGCCUGAGGCCUAUAUCUGGCUGAUUUUUCCUAUGCCAAGAAUUUUUCAACCGACUCAGAACUACAUUGAUGAAAAGAUGUAUUUACCCCCGUUCUCAUUUUGUUCAACUUGUUUUUCCUCAACAAGUUAAGAUAAUAUUGAUGUUAACGUGGCGCAUACUGUUUUCCUUUUAUUGGAUGACCAAAAGUUACUUACCAUUCAAUAUUAAUUUCUGUUACGCAUGUUCGUCUUUAUUUUGAGCAUGCACAGUAUAAAGCGAAAGGACAGAGCCAAAAGACAGGAUAAUGCAAUGAGAACGUAUGAGUAUUUUCCUUGCUGUAAAUUGAAAUCAUUCCCACAAUACAGUGACAAUAAAUGAAUGUGUUCAGUCUGCUCCAUAUUUUGUCACCUUCCUCGACACAUUAUCAGCGCGUUUUAUCAAUAACUGAUCGUUAAACAAAGGACUGUUCCCGUCUUCAAUACAGAAAUAUAUAAGUUUAAUUUGUGGUCUCCGCACAAGCGAGAACUCGGCGUGAUGAAGCAGGUCAAAGCCCGAUAAUAAAGGAUGUGCAUUCCUCGCUCUUAAAGCAUGUCAUGAACUGCCCUUCCUAUUCAUUAUUCGUCCACUUCGGGACUGCGGGAGCAGUCAUUUUACUCGUCCUUCUUUAAGUAUUCUUCGACUGCGGGACCACAGGAGCAGCACAUUGAACUUAGACUCUGGCAGGUUCUGUUUAACAGCUAAAAAUCAGACGAUCGGUGAUGAUACAAACUGGAAACAAAAAAAGGUUACCAUGUCCCUAGUUUCCAGUGCUCUUCGGUUCGCUUCAUAGAGUAAUCGCGCCUCGCACUGCCACAUUUUCCUACAUCGCAUGAUAACAGUAAUUAAUGACGUCAUUGCUUAAAAAGAAAGCCAUUGGACUCACCUGCUAAAUUAACGCACGACUGAUAUUCGAUCGACAGUUGACCGAUAUACCACCGACAGUUGACCGAUAUGUCACUUACAUAUGACCGAUAGUCGGUCGGGGUGCGUCGUCGAAAUAUCGACUGAUACUCGGCCGAUAGUCUAUCCCACGAUCGACUGACUAUCGACCGACUGUCGACUGACUAUCGACCGAGUGUCGACCGCUAUAUCGGCCGAUAGAUCGGUCGACACUACCUACAGUAAACAAGCCUGUGCUCUAAGAAAAAUUCUAAGGUUCCCAAUGCUCUGUACCUGUGAAACCCAGGGUACCCAUGCAUAUGAUUUCCAUGCAAAAGCUGAAAUUCUCUAGUCUCCCAAGAGUAGAAUUAAGGACCCUGAAGAGGUCUCCAGGAGCUGGGGCCGAGAGCAAAGCAUGAAACCCUGCUGCGUUUAUCUGUAAUUUUUAUUAUUUGUUUGGUUUUCAGUUCAGAGUAAUAUUGCCCUUUUCAAGCCGACCUCUCAGUCAAGUACAUUAAGUAAUUCGUAUGCUAGCAAUGCGGUGGAUGGAAAAAAGGAUUUACACUACACCAAAUGUACACGCACUAACCAAGAAAGCGAUCCUUGGUGGAGAGUAGACCUGGGGCGAGUAGAGCCUGUAGCUGAAGUGAAUAUACUCAACAGAGGAGACUGCUGUGGGAACAGGUUAAACGGAGCUGAGAUGAGAGUGGGUAGGUAGUAAGUGUGGGAGAUCAUUGGCUGUAAUCAGUUGCACUGCCUUUUGAGAUUUCUCAGAAGAAAAGUAUCUAAAAUCGACCUCUGCGUUUUGUAAAAGUGUAUAAAUAGCAUUUUCUUCCUACAUAGUUUAACACAUUCAUGUAAAUUUAAAUUCCCACAGAUUCUAUUUGAGUGAGCCAGUAUAUAUGCCAAUGUAAAGGUUUUGCAAGUGAGAUUGCAGCACUCCCCUGAUCUUGAAGAGAAUGCCAAGAUUGUUUCUUUGUUACCUUGUCAACUAUUAUUAUACAUGAUUGUGUUCAGAUACUGCAGUUUAUGCAACCUCGAGCUCAUAUUGUGUAGUUCCAAAAAAUAUCUAUACCCCCCCCCCACACACACAUACACACACACCUACGGAGGGCACUUUUGCUUAAGACCCCUACGCCCCCCCGAAUUUCUAUUCCAGCAGGAGGUACUCGUCGUACCCCCCACCCCCUGGAAUUUCCGUUAUUAUUCAACUUGAUUGGCUACCCCCUGGAAAGAAUAUUUGUGUCAAAAAUGUUGUUGCACUUUAUUAUUAUAAAAUUAUUAUGUAAAAGAUAAUUUUUUCUGCGAUAAAAUGAGAUAAAAAUCUUUUCCUUUACGUUAACAGGGUGUCUAAUUAUCUCAAGGACGUUCUAAUAAGUAACCAUAGAGGCGAUACCUUACACUACUGACUACACAAAUAAUGUCAUCUGCAAAAGAACCCGUUACAUUCAAACUAAACACCACGUGAAAUUUAAUUGCCUCAUCAGUAAGAACAUGUUACAAGAAGGCUUAGAACAUGACCAAAUUACGGUGAAUCAAAUGGGUAAUAAAGCAACAGCCACUGAACAGCUAGAUAACCAGAAGUUUAUUCAUGAGCCGAUGACAUUGUACCAAUGAAAACUGUCACAUUAGCCGUGAAAAAAGCAUUUAGCCGACCGUAGAUAAAAGAUGAUCAAUGCAACACCGGUAACAGUAAAUAACUUAUAGCUUGCUCAACAGAGAAGCUGUUAUUCAUUAAUAACUCACCAAUCUUACUCAGCCCCCUGGAAACAAACUCUGUAAGCAGCCCACACCCCUCGGAAAUUGCCUUCCUUUGGACCCCCCUCCCCUCGGAACUACCGUUGCCCUCCGUGGGGAGGGGGUGGGGGGGGGGGGGUCGUAUGCGGGAUAUUUCCUGGAACUACACAUUUUCUUUAAUUCACUUUGCAAGGAAAUGAAACAGCAAAUGGAGGAGCAAACAACCAUCUUUGUGCAGAUAACAUACAAAUCCCAACAGCAAGUUCCAAGACAUAUGUCUGUCGUCCCAAAGCAUAUGGGAGAUAUUUGUACAUUAGAAUACCUGGCAAUGACAAAGCUUUGACUCUGUGCGAGGUUGAAGUUUAUUCAUUAAGUAAGAGUGUUAAUCUUUCCUCCUGUUUAUUUUGUAGGUCUUCAUGAUGCUUGUGUGUGUAUCUUUUGUAUCUUUGUUUUUUUUGCCUUUUGCUAAACAAGUAAUUCUGUUUAAAAAAAAAAAAAACACUUGUCAUAACCAUUCUUUUAUAUAUGUACAGCUGUACAUGUACUUUGAACAUUAACAAGUUAAUUCAGAAAAACCUUCAGUACUUGAUUUUCCUUUGUUUAAGGCUGUGCUCUAAGAAUUAUAAUUCUUUGGAGCCCAAUGCUCUGUAGCUGAGAUUUUCUAGUCGCCUUAGAGCAGAAGUACGGACCUAUUUGUCUCCAGGAGCUGGGGAGAGCAAAGCCUGCAACUCUGCUUUGUUUAUCUGUAAUUUUUACUAUUUGUUUGGUUUUUAGAUCAGAGCAAUAUUGCCCUUUUCAAGCCAGCAACUGAGUCAAGUACAUGGAGUACUUCGAACCCUGCUAGUAAUGCAGUGGAUGGAAAUAGGAGUCCAGACAGCAGCAAGUGUACACACUCUCGUUUACAGAACAAUCCUUGGUGGCGAGUAGACCUAGGGCGAGUAGAGCCUGUAGCUGAAGUGAAUAUAGUCAACAGAGACAGAUUGUCAGUCAGAUUGGAUGGAGCUGAGUUAAGAGUGGGUAGGUAGUAAUUUUGGGAGAUGCUGUAAUCAGUUUUUUAACCUUGUUCAAAAGUGUUCCUUGUUCAUUUCGAAAUAAUUUAGUUAAUCUGAGAUUAUUUUCCACUUCUCAGAAGAAAAUUAUGUGAUCACUGUGUGUUGUAAGAGUGUACAUGUAUUUAGUAGCGGAGCUCUCGCGCGCGCCCAGCGGAGCACCAUGGGUAAGAAAAUUUGGUAAACUAUCCAUCCGAGAAGAUUUGGUUAUGACGUAGCGUACGCCCGCCCGUACACACACCUCAUGUAAGGCGAUGUCAAAUGUCACAAUAGAUCUUGCACAACUUGACUAGCCUCUUAGUUGUGUAAGCCAUCCGUAUGAGUACGAUUAGAUUGACAGCUGUCAAAAUCAGACAUCUGCUGACACAUGACCACCUCGCGGGCUCAGAUGAAAGACCAGUUGUUUUGAUAUAAUAUGGCACACUUACCAAUUCAACAUAUAAACGAAACAACGCCGGGCAAGGCUGUCAGUUGGCUGACAGUCGUUUAAAGUUAUAUUGGCAAGCCAAAUUAAGGUCAAUUGACAGCUGUCAAAAUGGGACAUGCGCAGACCACUAUCAGAAAACUAAAAACGUGGGCUCAGGUUCGCGCAGGUACAGGAUCUGGCAUUUUCAAUACAUGCCGGUCGGAUAUGUCUUACUCACACUCGUAGUCUGUUAAUUCGAAUAUUCGCCAUUCUAAUGAAGGUUAAUUGACAGCUGUCAAACUAGAGUAUACGCUGACCAUCAUUCCCUGAGUGUAUCGCGGGCUCAUUUUUCUAUCCAUUUAGGUCACGUAGUCUUUCAAGUUUUGCGCUGAUAUUUUAUUUGAUCACGGGUUCAAUUUGAAGCCCCAUAGCUUAGAAAAUCUAUCCAUCCUAGAAAAUUUGGCAAUCACGUGACCGUACACCGACCACCCGACCUUCCGUCCGUCCGCACCACAGGUAUACCAAUGUUUAAUCUCACACUUUCUAGCUAGUUUGGGAGCCUGCAACCUGAUAUUGCAUUUUAUGUACAUCCAUGUUUUGAUUAAUUGACAGCUGUCAAAAUAGAGUUUCUGCUGACCAGUAUCGCGGGCUCAGGUAUCGACCCACUGAGUUCGAGCGGUUUUUUAAGGUAUCCGCUGACAAGUUGCUGCUUUUCAAAUGAUCGCAGGCUCAAGUUCAAUUUUUUUAAAAUGCGUAUGAAAUAAGUCGUGUUCAUGAGCCGCACUUAAAAAAAGGUUGAUUUCGAACUGACCUCGGACGCGAAAAUUCAACCGGCUUUUACAUUUACAUGCAGGGAAGUUAAUCGCUUUUGACUUUUCUCACUGUCACGCGUUGAUCACGCUCUACGUCCAAUUUUUAUGUUCUGAUUGGUCAAAAUUUGACAGGUAAGCUCAUGCGGAAAAUUUAUGCAGCGUCUGGUAACUUGCUUAGCUGACAGAGUUUUGUGUCAUCUUGUGAUGUUUUAAACUGUCUUUUUCUUCUUGGUGUACAAAAUGAAAUGCAGCUGCUAUCAAGAUUCUUCUGUAAUUCAUGGCUGGUUUGUUUAUUGCGCUUUUUGUUCACAAAUGCACCGCUUGUCAAAGUCAUUGGAAAUCCGAUUUCGGAUGGCAUCGUUUUCAAAAAUGAGCUUACUCACUUGCCGUUGCUUGAGGCAUAAGAGGGUUGAAAAGUCUCAAGCGAUUCUGGAACACUUUAUGACCCUCAGAAGCAGCAUCUCGACUGGUAAGCCUGAGCAAUUAUUGUCUCUAAUGUGCUUUUUUUUUUUCGGUUUCCUGAAGUCGAGCGUAUGGUUUAUGCGGCGUAAGUUUAAGGUAUACACGAGCAAAGAUCUAACCUACGUACAAUAGUAGUGUCAGGUUUUAAAAGCCUUUAGACAUUUUUUGACCGCAAAUUCGAAGAAUAGGUUCCGAAGAUUAUUUAGUUAUAAUUUUGGCUGUAAACAGAAAGCUCUGAGCGAUUUUCUUGCCUCGAGUUCAUCUUGAAAAGGAGCAAACACCGGCUUAUGCUUACCUGACUCAUGAUUUUCAGAGACACUUUACUCUCAAUACUUCUCUUCGUGAAUGAAAAUUAUUGUCUCUCUACAUGUUUCACCGAAUUAUAUUUAUUUCAUUGAUUGUUAGUAGUCCCUCUCGCAAUUUUUAUCGCUGCACCGGUUGUUUCCAGUCGAACAUAAACAUCGCAUGCAGGAAUAAUCAAAACGCCCCCUGUAAAUAUCACUCGCUUUUAAAGAUUACACAUAACAAAACCAUACACAGUUUAAUAAAUAAAGGGAAAUAAAACCUAACCAUAACAAUUUCUCUAUCAUGUUGAAGCGUAAAUGAUAACUUUAUUAAUCGCACUGCAAAUUUGGUGCCUGUCAAAAGUGAGAACCCGUCCCGCUGGCCGAAAAGUGAUUUUGGGAUUUUUUUUUUUUAUCGUUUUCAUUAAAAGCCCAUAAUUAUUACCCUGCAUAUCACAUAGGACCAGAUUUUUCUAACUGAAAAGUCCCGGCAUUAAAGAAUUCUCUUCGUGAAAAUGUUUUAUAAUUCAAUGCCAUAAUUUGUUGUGCAAAGGAAGCGCUUGCUUUGAUCGAUUUGCAAAUUCUCUUGCAAAAUUGUGAAAAACUGCAGAAUUAUAGGUUUUAAUAGGGUAAAAAAGAACAAAUUCUGUCCGUGUCCGUGGUCUGCAUGAUUAAAAAAGGUCCUCAGAGUACUGUUUACCUGAGACGUGAUGAGAAAAAGUAUGUUUAAAAGGCUGGUUUACACGCCAAUAACAGAUUUGUCGCCAAGAUUUACUAGUAACCUAAAUUUGUCGAACACAAAAAAUCCGGCCUAAUUUUUUAUUUUUGCCUCUCUUUUAGACAGAGGAAUGCAACGUGUAAAUUGGCUGCCACCAAGGACUAUCGUGGCGCUUGUGUUUCUUACAAUUAUAUUUCGGGGUUGUCCAAUUAUCCAUAGUCUCUCUAACGGAGCAAUGUUGAAGAGACUGGUGAAUGCCACAUUAUGAUGCAACAGCUAAUGCAAAUACAAUACACGAAUAGGUCUAUUUGUUUUUCAGGCCUAAUCUACUGUGAUACAACAUGAUUGCUAUUUUAGGGUGUACAAAAAAGACUAUUUAAUAACUCGAUGUAAAAUUUGUUUCACUCUUGAACUGUCAAGUUAUUUUUCUCUAAAAUCACUUAGCCUUUGCCUCAAAAGUCAAAUGAAUGUGCCCUGAUCUGUGGAUCACAAGUUUAUUGUUUGAUUUAAAUUAUGAAUUUAUUAAAGGGAGCUUCGCUUUUAGCCCUGGCUAAAUCUAUAUAUCAUCAAUAGCAUUCAUUCGUAACGGCUUUGAUUGCCUCCUUCCGAACACGAGAUUGAUCUCAUCUAUUUCCGCUAGGUUGAUAAUUUACACGUGAUUCCAAAAUAGUUAUAGUCUUACGCGAAACUGUGUUUUAGUUAGUUGGCCUUUGUCAUGCUACUGUACUAAUCAGGAGUGUCAGUUAAGUCAGAAGUAAGAAUACUGAAAGUUCACUAGGAUCGGUAAAGCGGGACUGUUAUGUAAGUGAUUUUUACUCUUUUCUAAGGUUCAGUAACUCUGUUACUCUGCUGUGAAAGCCUGCAUGAAAGUUCUUACAAAAACAGCCAUCGAUGAAACCACAGUUUCGAUCCAGGGGGGAGGGUUGAGAGGGUUGCAACCCCCUCUUUGGGAAGUUUUUUAAACUUGUCUGGUUACCCAUGUUUAUCCCUUUUUCAUACCAAAAAUAAUAUUAUAAGUUAUAAUUUACGUUCCAGUCCAAUCGGCCAUUACAAGAAGACUGUUGCUAUUCCUCUUCUUGAAUUGACUCCUUAAUUAUCCAAAUGCAAUAUCGAUUUUCUGACGAAGAUCGCCACGCCCACCAUCUGCUUUGUCUCGUGCCAUCGAUUAUAGUAAAUAAAGGCACUGCAGCUGGAUCGGAUAAAGUAAAAGGCGCGCUGUUCUGGGAGAAAGAUAUUCCGUUUCUGAAAUCCCUCGGAAAUGAGGUACGUAGAUGGAAAACACUCUGGCAGUCAACAGAUUGGGAGCUUCUAAACAACCUUUUAUUAGCACUUGACGAAGGUGCUUUUCCAAACACCUAUCGCCUUCUGAUCGUUACCUGCCCCCUAACGAUCACAAGCGGAAAAACUGAGUCGUCGUUUUCACUGAUGAAAUGAAUCAAGACCUGCUCUAGGUCAACAAUGGAGCGAUUCUCUGAUCUCGCAGUGAUCGUCAUGCACUACUCCGAGAGAUUCGAGGUACAGUAGACGAGAUAUGCGAAGCCUUUGUAAAGGCUCAUCCAAGAACGCUCUGUCUCUGUCUCUGUAAACUGUCCGAUUACCAGGAGCUUGUAAUCGGACAGGUCAAAUCGGACAGUCAUAGAACCAAUGAAAACCAAGUAGCAAAUGCCACAAGCCAUUGAAGUUUGACCACAUAGAACACGAUAACGAAUCAAAAUCAAUGAAAAAAUAGUGACCAAGCGGUCAGCUUCAACUGGAAAAGAAAAAUAGAUGAAACUAACUGGUCCAGUGACUUUUAUUCACAUUAAUAAAUAUUCCAAAACUGAGAUUCUCGCAUUUUGUUACUGACACAAUUAUUCGAUGACAGGACUUCGUGUCAUACACCACUCAAUCCUAUUACCAUUACUAAUAGUGCCUCAAAUUCCUCGGAAACAUAUUCAAACAUGACCCUAACCUUCGUCACCCUCCCCCAUUCCCACCCUUCCCCCUCCCCCAUUCCUUGCUAAUUGGCCCUGGGACGUUUGAAAAAAUCCUGGAUCCGACCCUGCACAACAUGACGAAUUAAAGACGCAAAAUCAGCCAAAAAGACAAAAGGCUUCCGUUUUCUAUAAACAAAUUUCUAGCUGCUGCGUUUUUAGCCAUCAAUGUUCGCCUGUCAAAAUUUUGACCAAUCUUGGUCGAGGUUGUCACUUGUAGGCGGGAAGAGGGAACUGUGGCAUAUUAUUAACAAGUAAUCACAUGAUUUUUCUCGUGCAAUUUGGGCUAAAACAGACCACAAAUUGCACUCGCCCUUGGGGCUCGUGCAAUUUGGUUGGUCUUUGAAAAAUGUGCUUGUUCUGAUUUAUCCCAAAUUGUGCUCGAAAUCAUUCAAUUACCUCACACAUGUCCAAUAUACACAAACGGAUACGAUUCGUCAAACUGAUGGUCCAUUGGUACCAAUGAUAGGACUGGUACCAAUAGAAAAGGAUGUCAUUCCAAUGGUUCUGUUGGUGAAUAUGCAUCUCAUUAAGGGGACUUUGAUUAUUUUCCCAUGUGACCUGGCUGAGCACAGGGUAAUUCCGAUGGUCCAUUGGUACCAAUGGUACGAUUGGUACCAAUGGAAAAGCAUUCCAAUGGUUCUAUUGGUGAAUAUGCAUCUCAUUAAGGGGUCUUAGAUUAUUUUCUCAUGUGGUCUAGCUGGGUACGGGGCAGUUCCAAUGGUCCAUUGGUACCAAUGGUACGAUUGGUACCAAUGGAAAAGGGCCCUAUUCCAAUGGUUCUAUUGGUGAAUAUGCAUCUCAUGUGACCUGGCUGAGCGCAGGGUAAUUCCGAUGGUCCAUUGGUACCAAUGGUACGAUUGGUACCAAUGGAAAAGCACCCUAUUCCAAUGGUUCUAUUGGUGAAUAUGCAUCUCAUUAAGGGGUCUUUGAUUACUUUCCCAUGUGACCUGGCUGGGUGCAGGGCAAUUCCGAUGGUCCAUUGGUACCCAUGGUACAAUUGGUACCAAUGGAAAAUGAUGCCAUUGCAAUGAUUUUAUUGGUGCAAAACAAGUUCGCCUUUACACCAAGUAGAAACACGCAAAUAAUUAUUUUAAAUAUUCCUCGUUCUCAAGCCAACCACGCAAAACAAGUUCGCUUUUACACCAAGUAAAAGCGCGCUAUAAUUCUUAUGAAUAUUCCUCGUUCUAAAAGCCAAUCACGCAAAACAAGUUCGCUUUUACACCAAGUAGAAACACGCUAAUAAUUAUUUUGAAUAUUCCUCGUUCUAUAAGCCAAUCACGCAAAACAAGUUCGCUUUUACACCAAGUAAAAGCGCGCUAUAAUUCUUAUGAAUAUUCCUCGUUCUAUAAGCCAAUCACGCAAAACAAGUUCGCUUUUACACCAAGUAAAAACGCGCUAAUAAUUAUUAUGAAUAUUCCUCGUUCUAUAAGCCAAUCGCGCAAAACAAGUUUGCUUUUACACCAAGUAAAAACGCGCUAAUAAUUAUUAUAAAUAUUCCUCGUUCUGUAAGCCAACCACGCAAAACAAGUUCGCUGUUACACCAAUUAAAAACGCGCCAUAAUUCUUAUGAAUAUUCCUCGUUGUAUAAGCCAAUCACGCAAAACAAGUUCGCUUUUACACCAAGAAAAAACGCGCUAAUAGUUAUUAUGAAUAUUCCUCGUUCUAUAAGCCAACCACGCAAAACAAGUUGCCUUUUACACCAAGCAAAAACGUUGGGGAGGAGCGUUGCGUGACGACACUAAAAACGGCUGUGUAGCAGACUAUACCUGUGCCGGCAAUUCGAGGUCUUACAUGUUUUCUCACAAUGGCUGAGGCCGCUGAGACGGCGAAGACGGCGUGGUCAUCAUUGACUGUGUGGCAAUUUUUUAUGAAGAGGGCGAAGGAGGCGAGCAUUAUGGCAACAAGAGUAAGUUUAGAUGUCGGGUUUCGAGAAUUGAAAAACGCCUUAUAAAGUUAAAAAAGAAAAUCUGGUAAGUUUGCCUCUUACCAAUGGACCAUUGGAAUUGCCCUGUACCCAGCUACACCACAUCAGAAAAUAAUCUAAAUCCCCUUAAUGAGAUGCAUAUUCAGCAAUAGAACCAUUGGAAUAGGGUGCUUUUCCAUUGGCACCAAUGCCUACCAUUGGUACCAAUGGAGACAAUGGAGUCUAUUUGUGAUUAUUGGACAACCGUCAAUUACUUAUACAUAUUGUUAUUUUUUCAGUUUAAGAUGUGAUCUUGGAUUCGUGGAUGUUGUGAUAAAUUAAGAUUGAUUCAAGGAGAGCGUCCGUAAAGUACAUCCCCGUAAUCGUAAUUUAUCGCGUCGAACCCGAACAAGUUGGUUCUUAAGGCUUUGGGCGCCGAUCCGUUACAAGCAUUUUCCCCCUACAUAGUUACAUUCAUGUAAAGUCAAAUUCCCACAGAUUCUGUUUGAGUGCUGAGCCAAUAUAUACAUCAAUGUGAGGUUUUGCAAGUGAGAUUGCAGCACUCCCCUGAUUUUUAAAGCAAAUGCCAAGAUCGUUUCUUUGUUACCUUUUCAACUAUUAUUGUACAUGAAUUGUGUUCAAAUACUGCAGUAAAUGUUACCUCAUAUUUUCUUUUAUUCGCUUUGCAAGGAAAUAAAACAGCAAGUGGAGGAGCAGACAACAGUCUUUGUGCAAAUAACAUACAAAUCCCAGCAGGAAGUUCCAAGACAUAUUCCUGUAGUCCUAAAGCAUAUGGCAGAUAUUUGUACAUCAGAAUACUUCGCAGGGAAUUUUUGACGCUCUGCGAGGUUGAAGUUCAUUCCUAUCUUAAAUCAGAAAGUAAGAGCACUUUUCUUUCCUCCUGUUUAUUUUAUAGGUUUGCAUGAUGCUUGUGUGUGUGUCUUUUGUGUCUUUUUUUUUUUUGCCUUUUACUAAAAAAGUAAUCAGUUUUAAAUAUCGUUUUGUAUAGUUCACAUAUGAAAAGUUUCUGUAUUUUUUUAAUCAAUCUGUUCAUUUUUCUUUUGUGGUGUUUGCCUAAUUUGAUAAAGUUACGUGAUAAAUUCUUCUUACUAAGGGAAUUCAGUUGUUGGCGCCUUUGGACCCUGGGGAAAGGGCGCUUUAUAAGUGUCUCAUUAUUAUUAUUUUUAUUAUUAUUAUCAUUAUUAUUAUCAAAACUAACUAUUAAAACCUAUUUACAAUUAAUUUCGCUGAAGAAGAAAAAAUAUAUAUAUGUGUGUAGUCAAAGCACUAUUUACAAGUCAUUUCAUUUCAUAAGGUUCUAUUCAUUCAAUUAAAAUAAAGCUCAUUUCAAUUUAAAGCAAUUCAUUUCGAUUAAAAAUGAAAUAAAGAUAUUAAAAAGAUCCUAAAAUACUUAGUCUAAUAUUAUUAUUAUUAUAGAAAGGAAAAAAAUUAUUCAACUGUAAAAAAAAUAUGUACAUAAUUUACAGAAAUAUUUGAAGUACGAAUUAUGCACUAUAUAACAUUAAGAAUUAUAUAAAUCAUAAAAAUAGCAAUCACUGUGUCAAUAGCGAUUUCGCAAAUACAUACCUUGCGGCUGAGAUGCGGUCAAUAACUCUUGCAGGCGGUCCAGAGUUUUAAAUUAAGUCAUUGCAAAUCCGUCGCUGAUAUCAAAAAGAAAACAAGUUAAAAAAAAUAAAAUCUCGUAUUCCUAAAUUCCCAAUUCUUUAAAGAAAUUAUUAUUAUUAUUAUUAUUAUUAUUAUUAUUGAUAUUAUUGUUGUUGUUAUUAUCAGUUAGAUAAGUAUCUACAUUAUAAGUUCUAUUAACCAGUGCUAACGAUCAAAACUCUGGCGAUACUCUAUCUUUUAAUAUUCCGUAAGCUCUCAUAUUUUGGUUUUGGCUCAUAGUCAAUAUAAUAAUUGUUUUCCCACAUUUGCCGGCGAAAAAGUACCUAUCGAGAUUACAGCAAUUUUGAUCAAGAAUCUUACUUACAGGAUAUCAAAGCAGUCAACUGGAAUGCUAUCUAUAGUGAUGAUCUGCUUGAGACAGCUACUAAAAUAACUGACCUGAUUAAAUCAAUUGCAGAUAAACAUGCACCAAUAAGCAAUUGUCCCAAAAGAAACAGAAAUUGUGUACUAAACCGUGGAUAACUAAUGGUAUUCUUGAAUCAAUCAAAACUAAGCAUAAUCUAUACAAAACACACUUUCUUUCAAACAAUCCAAUUAAGGUGACGGAAUACAAAAAGUAUGCUAACAAACUGAAUUGGCUUAAGAACAUUUGCAAAAAGAACUACUUUUCACAACACUUUGACCUAUGUAAAAACAACCUGAGGGCAUCUUGGAAAUUGAUUGGUAUGCUAGUUAAGCGCAACUCAAAGGGGUAAACCCCCAUCUCGAAAAUUAAACGUAAUAAUAGAGCUUACACUAAUAAGGUUGAGAUUGCCGAUCAAUUGAAUAAGCAUUUUGUCAAUGUGGGUCAAAACCUGGCCAAAAGAAUUGAAAAUUGUGAUGGAAGUCCGACCCAAUUCAUAAGAUCGACUCCAGUAGCUAGCUUUGUUAUGUCCUGUGUUACUGAAACCCAAGUAUGUUCACUAUUUAAAGGUUUAAAUGAUCAUAAGUCAUCCUUAGAUAUUCCUAAUAAAUUAAUUAAAAUAGCUGCCCAGCCAUGGUCAAUACCUUUAACAUAUAUCUAUAACCAGUCUAUUGAAACUGGAAUUGUUCCUGAUAUUUUAAAAGUCUCGCAAAUUUCCCCUGUGUAUAAGGGUGGUGAUGCUACAGACCCAAGCAACUAUCGGCCCAUAGCAACUCUCUCACCUUUUAGUAAAGUGCUCGAGCGUCUAGUCUAUAAUCAGUUAUAUUCGUUCAUACAUAAACAUCAAAUGGUUUACAAAUAUCAGUUUGGAUUUAGGAGAGGAUAUUCCACUGAACAAGCUAUUCUUAAAAUUACGGACAAUCUGAAGCUAGCUUCUGACAAAGGUCAAAUAACAUGUGGUUUAUUUCUCGACGUAUCAAAGGCAUUUGACACAGUACAUCAUAAAAUACUGCUCUCUAAACUAUAUCUGUAUGGAAUUCGGGGUACACCACAUAAUUGGUUUGAAAGUUAUUUGCACAAUCGAAGACAAUAUGUUAAAAUUGACUCUACUAAAUCUAGCUAUGAAAAUAUUACUUGUGGUAUACCCCAAGGCUCGACUCUAGGUCAUCUUUUAUUUUUGCUUUAUGUGAACGACUUACCAAACUGUGUCGACAAACUUUCGGUGCGGAGCUUUGCUGAUGACACCAAUUUAUUUUACCCUAGCGACAACUUAAAACAGCUUGAAUCCGUGAUGAAUCAAGAGCUUAAACAAAUUUAAAACUACUGUGCUCUAAAUAAGUUAUCUAUUAACACUGCAAAGACCAAUUACAUGUUAGUCUCGUCAUCUGGGUGCCACCCAAAGAUAAAUAUCACUGGUAUUGAACAGAAAGAUUCCAUAAAGUACUUGGGAGUUCAUAUAGAUAAACAUCUCAAUUGGCAACCACAGAUACAACAUGUAAAUAAUAAAUUAGCUAAAAAUUUAGGAAUCCUUUCAAAACUAAGAUAUUACAUAGAUCUGAACUAUACUGAAACAAAUUUAUUAUGCUUAAAUAUAUCCCUAUUUGAGCUACGGUAUUCUUGCUUGGGGAUGUGCCAGCAAACCCAGAUUAGAUUGUCUUCGUAUUAAACAUAACAAAUAUCUCCGCACCAUCUUCUUUGUACAUCCUAGAGAGAGAGUGCUGCUCCCUAUUUCAAACUCCUAACAAUCCUUAAAUUAGAUAAUAUAUAUAUAUAAAUUAAAAAUAUGUUGCUUUAUACAUAGACUGAGAAAUGAGACUGAUAGCAUUCCAGAUAUUUUCCUUGAUGUCCUGACCAGCAUCGCGUAUACACAAUCAUAAUACAAGAUUUGUCAGUAAUCUGAACUAUUUUAGGCCAAGAGUAUCCACCAACUUAGGUAAGACGUCCUUUAAAUUCUCCGCUCCAAAAAUCUGGGAGACUGUACCGCCAGGUCUCAAGUGUCUACCAUAUCUUCUAACCAACCAAAUCUGACCUUGCGUAUAUGUUUUAUCACCGAUAUUAUCAGAGAUUUUAUUCCUCUCUUUACUGCUGCCAAUUAUUUCAACAUGACGGUGUCCAACAAGAAAGCUCUUGCUACUUUGGACACUGUACACAAAUGAACUUAAUAUCUUUUAGUUAAUUAUUAUUUAUCAGUCACUUUAUUUUCCUACCUAGGUACACUUAUGUAAAUAUCUUAUAUAGUGUGAAAUAAAGAAUUGAAUUGAAUUGAAUUGAACUGUGAGUCUGUACUUUCUACGUUAAGAAUAAUAACACGAUAAUAAUUCUUCCUCCUUUUUUUCAAAAACUUACUAAGUUUGAGGUAGUGACUUUUUAUAUGUAUUUUUAUAGGUUGUGUACUUGAUCCAGUUGGAGUGUCGGAUAGUAACGUUAUUUCUGAUCAGAGGUUUUCAGCUUCGUCAUCUCGUAGCGGCCGGAGUCCAUCUGAUGGCCGAUUAAAUGGAUCCAAUGCCUGGAUUCCUGCCACAAACAAUGACAACAAUGAUUUCCUGCAGAUCGAUUUGGGAUCUCUUUACUUUGUUUGUGGAGUAGCAACACAAGGAAAUCCAAAUAAUGAUUAUUGGACAAAAACAUACAAGAUAAAGACGUCCCUUGAUAAUGUCGUGUGGACAUUCUACUCUGAGGGUGGUUCCGAAAAGGUACAUCCUUUUUCGCCCUAGGUGAAGUAAUAGCGAAAUUAUAAUCGUGGAGACACUAAGUAAUAAAGGAUUGUGUUUAUCUGUUAGCCUUGAGAAACCAGAAUUUCACACGCCGAAGUUGCUUUCGUCCUCUUUCUCUCCCUUCCAUUCGCUGUCCUCUCUCUUCUCUCAUCUUCACCGUCUCUAGUUGCCCCCUCCUUCUCUUCCUGCCUCCUGCCUUGCUUCUUUUUCCCCUCGUUACUACUGUCUUCCUUCCUUCGUCUCUUACUGCUGUUUGCAUAGGAAACGUUAGGGAAAUAAGUAGUAAAAUGUAAAAGAAACUGACAUACAGAUUGUUUUCCUUUUAAUAGCGGAGCUCUGGCGCUCCUGCGGAGCACCAUGGGUAAGUAAAUCUACCCAUUCUCCCCAUCCGAGAAAAUUUGGUAAUCACGUGACCGUACACCUCCCGCAGCCCGCCCGUCCGUCCGCACCACAGGAAAACCAAUGUUCAAUCUCACACUUUCUAGCUAGUUUGGUAGCACAGGAAGACUGAUAUUGCAAACAUAUUGUACAUCAAUGUUGUGAUCAAUUGACAAAAUGAUCAAAAUGCCGCGUGUAUCAAACGCUUUUCAGGGGCACCCAACGAGAAUGUAGUUCAAAACCACUUAAACAUAGAAUUGUUAAACGUAUUUUAGUAUUUAAACUGUGGAUAUAGGCAUAUUUUUAGCCCCUAAAAAUUUUUCAUCUGUUGGGAUUUCUUAGCUGAAAGUCUAGUGAUCCGAAAAUUAUAGGGAUCAAAACUUAACUUUUCGAAAAUUUCAGCCAGAAAAAAGGCUCCCGAAAAUUCUAGGUGACCUUUUUAGGGUAAAAAUCCGUUAAAAAUAGGCAAUUAUACCAUUUUUUAGAUGUUCGAAAAUCCUAGGAGAGGCAGGCAAGCAAGAAAUUUUACAACAAAUUUUCCGAAAAUUCUAGAUCUCAAAUCGUCUUCCGAACAGAUAUUUUUCCGAAAAUUGUCGUUGGGUGCCCCUGGCUUUUGAAGAUUACACAUAGUUAUAAAACCGUUAAAUAAAGAAAUAAACAUAAUAAAUUUUUUAUCAUGUUAAAGCAUAUAACUCUAUUAAUCUUGAUUUAAACAGUCGACUUUGGCGCUUGUCAAAAGUGAGAACCGGCAAGCCGUAUAGGUGAUUUUAGAAAUUUUUUUAACGGUUUCGGUAAAAGCCCACGAUCGAUCGAUCGACCUGAAUGUUGAAUAAGUACAAUUUGUAAAAUUGUGAUCUGUCCGAGGUCUGUAUGAUAAAAACUGUGCCUCAUGGUACUGUUUCACCUCAGAUGAUGUAUAAAAAGUAUAAAAGGUUGGUUUACACGUCCUCAGACUUGCCAGCAAGAUUUUGUAAAAUAAAUUUUAAACUUGUCGAACGCAAAAAAUUGGGAUUGAUUUGUUUUCCGAGAAUUUGUUUUCCAGGCCUAAUCUGCUGUGAUCAAGAGCCAUUAUCAUGCAUUAUGGCUCUUGAAUGUGAUCGAAGAUGAUUGCUAUUUUUUGGGUCUACAUAUAAGGCUAUCAACUCGAUGUAAGAUUAUGUUCACUCUUAGCUUGGACUGUUUGCAAAUUAUUUUUCUCUAAAAUCACUUAGCCUUUCCCUCAAAAGUCACAUGAAUGUGCUCUAAAGUUAACUGAUUUGUAAAAUACAAUUGCAAGUUUAUUGUUUGAUUUAAAUUAUAAAUUCGAGUUAAUAGGAGCUUCGCUUUUAGCCCUGGCUAAAUCUAUAUAUUAUCCUUUACCUUUUGUUCUGUAGGCGGCAGUCAUCGUCAAUGUAGUUGCAAUCCUCAUAAAUAUCGUUUGUUUAUAUGUUCUUGUUUCUCCUGUUAACCGUAAGCGGGUAGGGUUAGACGUAGGCUACGUUAAAAAGGCACCAGACGAAAGGGUUGAAAAAUUUGACCGGACACGAAACCGUUCAAUAUUUUCGCUCUCUUGACAUGGAACUUACAAACCAGUUUCCGAAUUUUAAUUAUUUUCAGUUGUUUUUCCAUCUACCCAUGCGCAGAACACUACUUCACGUACCACGCAUCCAUGCAACCACGCCCUUGCUACACAAAAAUUUAGAUGGUUAUGGUGUUCACACCUCUUCAUUUUUCUCAUUUCAAAUGUUUGAACGGCAAGGAGUUUAAAUUUUCGUACGGUUAGCGUGUUUCCGUGCGAAUGAAACACCUAAACUCACGAAUUUAUAUAUUUGUCUUUCAUCAGCAUUUUAUAGAAAUUUUUGUUCAUUUGCUUUUAGAUAUUUACUGGAAAUGAUGACAAGAACAGCAUUGUAAGAAGUGAACUAUAUGAGCCACUUGCUGCCAAGUUUAUUCGUUUUUAUCCAGUUACAUUUCACAGCAGCAAAGCAUUAAGGGUGGAGGUGUAUGGAUCUAAGCAAGGUCGGUCUCUUAGUACUUAUCCCAGCAAUACAUGCAGUUCAAAAGACAACCACAGUAUUAACAAAUGCACUUUGAGUGUCAACGUAUUUAGCUCAAAAGUACUAAUUGGGGACACUAUUAUUUACGUCUGCUACUCGAGAAGGGACCGCCAUUUUGCCAGAUCAUCUGAGCCACGCGAAGGUCUACCCGUUUGCAGGGCAAAGGAAGUACCUUCUUUUCUCAGUUAUUUUAAGACCCAGAGUAUUGGUCCGGCCCCGGGAAUCGGACCUGCGACCUUCCUAUCUGCAGUCGAACGCUCCACCGACUUAGCUAACCCUGCCGCUAAAUUCUGGUUUGUACAUAGGAUGCUUAUGCAUGCAACCACGACGCCGACGGCAUCAAAAACCUCACUUAACAAAAAGCAUCGGCGCUCUGUCAAACUUUAUCGCUUUUGAUUCAUCACGCUAAAUUUGUCAAAUGUUGGAGAUUUUUUUAGGAGUUGAGUUCUAAAGUUAGGGUUAAUAUCCGGAUACAUGUGGACGGGGCAAAACCUAGUGCUUUUUUGCCGUUGUCGUCGUUGGUUAGGCUUCCUAAUUACUGCCUGCUGACCCAUCUUUGUACAUCUAUGCUUAUUUCACGUUUUCUUGUUUCCUCUCUGUUUAGUUUUCUCCUUUACUUUAGAAAAGGGUGCGUUUAAGAAUUGGAUUUACUAUAUUGAUUUUGUCCCUCCUCGUUUCUUUCCUUCUUUGUCAUUGUAUAACUAAUGUGGAACGGAUGGAAAUUCAAAAACGAGUUAAAAAACUCAGUAAUAAUUCAUAAAGAAAAAACAAGAGAAAUUUUAAAAGUUUAAUGAGUGUCUUUACAGGAGCACCCAAUGACUGUUUUCUUUGAAAUAUCUGUUCGGAGAAGCAAAUAUUGUCUAGAUUUUUUUAGAUGACCGUUCCAUUCAUGUACAAUUUUUUGAAGGCUAUCUAAUAAAUUCCCUACAAUUUUGUGAAGUUAAUUUUUUUCCAUUUCACUCCCCAGGUUAAGGCUUUUUUUAGCAGAGAAAGGAAACCUAAAAUUUUUGGAACCAAAAAUGCGAUGCAGAGAAAAAUUCUCACUUUCGUAAAACUCUAAAUUGCAGCUAAAAUGUUCGGAAAAUAAUGCUGAAGCCAAUGUAAUUUUGAAAAGACUCAAGUUGCCCUAGGAUGACCGAACAAAUAAAAUUAGCGCUAUUUAGAAUACAUUUCUAGAGAUCUAAAAGUACUCUGGAUAGCCUAAAAAGUGUUUCAAUGCAUUUAGGAGGAAACCGUCGUUGGGUGCCCCUGUCUUUAUACCUGAUAAAGACACGGCUAAACUAUACGUCCAAUUGUUUAGACCAAAAUAACCCCAAAUCUAAAUAUUAGUGCAAGAAUGAGUUGAUCUAUAUCAGAGAUUUUGAAGUCGUUCAAAAACUCACAGUCUGUAGAUAAUCGAAACUGCUCGUUUUUUAAACAGUACAUAAAAAUUCUGAAUAAAAAUGCCAUAUUUCUUGAUGUUUUUACAGGUUGCUUUGAAUCGUUUAAGAAUGAACGAUUUCAAAGGAGGGAUUUUACAAUUACAGCAUCCUCAGAAAGUAAUAGUCACAGAGCUGCUUAUAGUCACCUUUAUAGUACUGACGGUUGGUGCAGCUCUUCACCAUCCCUACCUCAGUAUUUACAGGCUGAUUUUAAUCAAAUUGUAUCAGUCACAGGCGUGGCCACUCAGGGAGAUAAUAAAAGGGACAACCGGGUGACAAGCUUUUUAAUCCGCUAUGGAUAUGAUGGUAAAACAUGGAUUAGUUACAGAGCUGGACAGGUAAAUUUGCAACAUGUAUUCAUAUAGUUGUCUGGAUUUGCUUAAAGGGACUUCCAGGCGUUUUUCCCCGACAUUCUCAUUUCGGGCUCGUUUACUUUACUUUUUUUCUUUGUUAUAACAUUUUGAGUACACAAAUCGUCGAACAAGCUGCAGUAGGCAUUAAAUCAGGCUCAUCCUCGGUAUAAAAACCUUUGAAACUCACGAGUGACGUAAAACAAUAAAAACAAAGAAGCCACUGAGAAGCCAACACAAUCGAGCCAAGGAAAAUAAAAGCUAGAAAACAAAGAAAAACUCUACAGGUUUUUACUCUGAGAUAAACCCUACAAUCAUGUGUUUAUAAUGCUAUCUGCAUCUUUCUUCAUCCUCCUCCCUCGGCCCUACCACGAACACCAUUACCUGCGAUCAUUUCGCACAAUUCUCAUUUUCGUGUGAUAAAACAAUCCUACUUGAAAUCAGCGCGCGCGAUAGAAGUUGUUUUCUGUAGUCGGUUAAUUUUCUAGUUUUCCUUUUGGCCGCCUGGAGCAAAGUUUUCCGGAAGGCAUUAUUAAACCUUGUAAAGGAACAAGUCUCAAGAUUGGCAAUCGUCCAAUUGCCGUCGUCUAGUGUUACCGUAUUUCGUCUUAUUUUGGCUACACGGGUGAAACAUUGACCAAGGGCUUGAGACAGAAAAGUAUCAUAUUGCGAGCUUUGUUGUAAGCGAUGGCUAGUCUCUGGCCUCAAAACGUAGGUUGUAGGAGUCGAACAAUGCACCAAUUUUCAGUCCGACUGUCCGAUUACAGCCUGCAACCUAUUUGUACAUUAACUGUGUGUGACUAUCUAACGUACUAAAUAUUAGAAGCCGAUGCAGAUUCAUUCACAUCUAUAACUCUUUGAAACUUUCAAGUAGACUUCAAGUGAGUAAAAACAAAAUCACACAACCUUUUAGCUAAUGGACGUUUAAAUCUUACCCGUUGUCAGGUAUAAUGAGUGGACAGAUAAACAGAGGAGAUUAUUACUUUAAAGCUGAAGAUUUACUUAGUGCUUAAUGUAUCCCUGACAACUUUUCUUGUUUGUCCGUUAAUUAUUGGAACUUCAGUCGAGGAACAGGCCCCUGAACGGACAUUUGCAACCCCGGUUAGGGUGACUCGUCCCCAGUCACGAGAAGCGUGACUGAAGGGAGCGCGAGGGGUGAUGGGAAGGAAAAGCAGAAAAAUUCCUCCUUCCCAUUACCUCUAGCGCUCCUCUUCAGCCGGUUUGGGAAUAUACUACACAGAUUGUGCUGUCCUGUAAAUAAAAUUAUUUGUAUAUCUCCACUUACUUUGUUCUUGAUCUACCACUCAGCAUUUGACUGGAAACAGCGACAGAAAUACCAUUGUUGUCCACUGGUUUGCUCCCCCGUUUGCAGCGCAAUAUGUCAGAAUAUUUCCCAAAACAUAUACUGGUGCAAUAUGUAUGAGAAUGGACUUGUUUGGCUGUAAGGAUUGUAAGUAUAAUUUGUUAGAGGGGUUUUUGUAAAUAUCAAUUUGAAUUACUGAGAUACAUGUGCUGCCGUAUACAGCCAAUAAUUAAUAGUAAUAAUACUUAAAAAUUCAUAACGCGCCUUUUCCAUGCAAAUAUGAUCAAAGCGCGUUACAAUGCUUUGAAUGUUAAAAAAGAAAAUAAGUAUGUGUAAUCAAAUGGUGACGAGUGAAAUUAUUCCCUAAUUUCACGAGUAUACCAUUUGAUUAUCUAUUAAUAUCAUGGGUGACGAAUUAGGUUAGCAAUCUUGGAUUUUUGACAUGUUUAUCCUCGAUCGUAUCGAUCGAGAACUCCACUCUCUAAAAUGUUUAGACCUUAAAUUUGGCUUAUAAAGUUCAGACUUUUUCAGACUUUUUCGGCAAAAUACCUGUUAGAAUCCUUCUUGAUGUUCUCUUGUGUGUUCAGGUUUUCUAAAGCGUCUUUUUGUGCCCUGACAUCUUCAUUCCCGGCAUUUUAAAACUUCGUCGCCAUCUUGACACUGAGACGUAGGGAAGGGUUGCCAUGGCAAUUUUGUAAUUUCACAUGUGAAAUUACAAAUUAACGCUUAAAGUUCGCGCCAAAAUUUAGGAGUAAUUUGUCACCUAUGAUAUUAAAGCUCAAAUGUACAUAGCAAUUUAAGCUAAAAAGUAAAUUAAGCUUAAAAAUUUGAAUAAACAAACGAGCUUAAUCUUAGUAUCGCAAGCCGUUUUUUGUCUCGUCACACAACUCUACUCCCCAUCUUGCUUCCCCUGGUAACCAAUGAGAACAAGGAAUGUGCCUCAUUUUGCCCGCUAGCCACAUAAUAAGUACUUUAGUGCUAUUUGGUAUGAAGCAGCACUUUCCAGCCUGCGCAAAGGAAAUGGGAUUGAGACAUCUACUGGCAGGCUAAGUGCUGUAGUCGAAAAUGGAGGCAUCUGCAUUUAAGAGUGAAGUUUGUAUCGUAAUGCAAACUUUUCUGCCAGAAGACAGUGUGUUAGUAUAGGUUGAAUUUUCAUACGACUUCGAGUUCAAUUUGGAAUUUACUUGCGCGAGUGUGUUUUUCAAAAAAGUAUCAAACGGACAAAAAUUUACUGGAUCAAAAUUCGUCAUCAAAACAUCCCCACAAUGCAAUUCGAUCGGCACAACACCUGAACCCAGGCUCACGCGCAACCUCAAAGUUGCUGAUUGAUUCUUAAACAUUUCUAUUAAUUUUGUUGUUGUUGUUGUUUUUUUUUUUGCCAAACACAGUGCUUCAUUCUCCGAUAAUUGCAUUAUAUCUCCUCGUUUUUGCACACGAUUCACAGUCCCUUAUUUUUCCGUAAGUUCCUCGAGAUCGACCGCUUUACAUUACGGGCGGCCAUAUAUCUUGGAUUUCUAUCAAAUCUACUUUCUCGCCUCCCUCCCCCCACAUAAACCCCUCAUACUAUAAACCCCGACACUCGCCCCCUUGGUACAAAUGAAAGCAACAUCAGACCGCUCGUCUGCAUUAUUGCACUUAGCCAAUCAGAAUCAAUAAACCUAAUGGACUGUAAAAUUAAAAUUUUGUAUUUGAUAAGUUUCCCUAAGUUAUUUCUUGUCGUCCCAGUUUACAUUGAUUAGGUGCUUGUCUUUUUCAGUCCAAGUUUCGUUGCCUCUUAACAUCGGUCUCGAUGAUGUUCGUUUGAUAGCCGAACCUAGUGAAUCUGUCACCCUGACCUGUGUGGCUAGUUACAGCCCUCGACAACCCUCUGGGUAUAGUUGGAGCAGAGAUGGAACGGGGCUGUCUGACACAACCUCUUCGGUUACCAUACCAUACAACAGUGCCAGUAAUAUAUACAGCAACUCUUGUGCAAGAAAGCUUCCUUCAGCCAGUGAAGUCCAGUGUAAUUCAACCUACAAAUGCUCUGCUUCUCUUUCUGGAAUACAAAGCAGACAUCUAACCACUGCAAAUGUUAUAGUGUCCUUAAGUAAGCAACAAUUUGUGCGUACCUGGGAGCUACUUUUUGCUCGUUAUUGUGAAUGUAAAAAUCAAUUUAUUAUUCUGGAACACGCAGUUUUCAGUAACUAGCAUAAUUUAAUUCCUUUAUAAGGACACGAAAAUAUUGCAUUCAAACAAUACAUGAAAGUAAACGGUAUAUUAGGUUAAAGAAGUUCUGUCUAAAGGAAAACCUCAACCUUUAACGUAUUCUUAGUGUGUGGCGUAUUUUUCUGAAAAAAAUAUUAUCCCUUUUUUUCAGUGUGCGGGUUUGUUUAUUCGUUGAUUUCGUCACUUGUUUAACGGUUUAAGGGCUGAGUAUUUGAACCUUAUAAAGUAGGCUCAUUAAUAUUAUGAGGCACAUUUUUGCUGUUUUCAGAGAAACCAGGCCAGCCAGUUGUCCAAGUUAGUCCAAGUGACGUUAAAGCAAGAUCAGCAUUAGUCACAUGGUCGUAUAAUCCUGGAGCGGAUGAAAUGCCUGUAACUGCCUACAAUCUUGAGUAUCGAAAUAGUACUUGUAUAGAUGAUAUAUCUUUGGGAGCUGUAUUAAGAAAACAGAUUAUCAACCUCAAGCCAUACACAGCCUACAGUGUUAGGUUGAUAGCCACAAGUGUCUUAGGAAAGGGUCUGUGGAGUAAUUUCCAGAAUUUCAACACAAAAACUGCCAGUAAGUGA